GCGGAGCUACGGCGGCCGCUCGGGGCCGCACCUGUCCUAAGCCGCCCGGCUGGUGCAGUUGGGUCGCUAGAGAGGGAGACUCUUUGCCGCCGCAGUUGCGGCCGGCCUUGGGGGUGGGGGAAGAUGGUGGAAGACGGAGUGGAAGAGCUGGAAGAUCUUGUGCAUUUUUCUGUGUCGGAGCUGCCGAGCCGGGGAUACGGGGUGAUGGAGGAAAUCCGGCGGCAGGGGAAGCUAUGCGAUGUGACCCUGAAGGUUGGAGAUCACAAAUUCAGUGCCCACAGGAUUGUCUUAGCUGCCUCAAUCCCUUACUUUCAUGCUAUGUUUACCAAUGACAUGAUGGAAUGUAAGCAGGACGAGAUUGUAAUGCAAGGAAUGGACCCAAGUGCCCUGGAGGCUCUGAUUAACUUUGCCUACAAUGGCCACCUGGCCAUUGAUCAGCAGAAUGUCCAGUCCUUGCUCAUGGGGGCCAGUUUCCUACAGCUGCAGAACAUCAAAGACGCUUGCUGCACAUUCCUCCGUGAACGGCUUCACCCCAAGAACUGUCUGGGGGUCCGUCAGUUUGCUGAGACCAUGAUGUGUGCUGUCCUGUACGACUCAGCCAACAGUUUCAUCCACCAGCAUUUUGUGGAGGUGUCUAUGUCAGAAGAGUUCCUGGCAUUACCCUUUGAUGAUGUCCUUGAGUUGGUGUCUCGGGAUGAGCUCAAUGUGAAAUCAGAGGAGCAGGUAUUUGAAGCGGCGUUAGCCUGGAUUAGGUAUGAUCAGGAGCAGCGAGAGCCCUGCCUUCCUGAGCUUCUGUCCAAAAUCCGCCUGCCCCUGUGCCGGCCUCAGUUCCUGUCAGAUCGGGUGCAGCAGGAUGACCUGGUACGCUGUUGUCAUAAGUGCAGGGACUUAGUGGAUGAAGCCAAAGACUAUCACCUCAUGCCAGAGCGUCGGCCACACCUGCUGGCCUUCAAAACCCGGCCUCGCUGCUGCACUUCCAUCGCAGGACUCAUCUAUGCCGUCGGGGGGCUUAACUCAGCAGCAAAUUUUUAUGCAGGUGAUUCGCUGAAUGUGGUGGAAGUGUUUGACCCCAUCGCCAAUCGAUGGGAGAAGUGUCAGCCCAUGACUACAGCCCGUAGCCGCGUGGGCGUGGCUGUGGUCAACGGGCUCCUGUACGCCAUUGGAGGCUAUGAUGGUCAAUUGCGUCUGAGUACCGUGGAAGUAUACAACCCUGAGACAGACACGUGGACCAAAGUGGGCAGCAUGAACAGCAAGCGAAGUGCCAUGGGAACAGUGGUGUUGGAUGGACAAAUCUACGUCUGUGGUGGAUAUGAUGGCAACUCCUCCCUCAACUCUGUGGAGACGUACUCCCCUGAAACAGACAAGUGGACAAUAGUGACCCCAAUGAGCGCAAACCGAAGUGCGGCGGGAGUCACCGUGUUUGAAGGUCGAAUAUACGUGUCUGGAGGACAUGAUGGUUUACAGAUAUUCAACAGUGUGGAAUAUUACAACCAUCACACAGCCACCUGGCACCCCGUGGCAAGCAUGCUCAACAAACGUUGCCGUCAUGGAGCUGCCUCCUUGGGCAGCAAGAUGUUCGUCUGUGGGGGCUAUGAUGGUUCUGGCUUCCUCAGCAUCGCUGAGGUCUACAGUUCUGUGGCAGACCAGUGGUACCUGAUAGUCCCUAUGAACACACGCCGCAGCCGGGUCUCCCUGGUAGCAAACUGUGGGCGUUUGUACGCUGUGGGAGGCUAUGACGGACAGUCCAACCUGAGCUCCGUAGAGAUGUAUGACCCAGAAACGAACCGCUGGACGUUCAUGGCCCCCAUGGUGUGUCAUGAGGGAGGGGUUGGUGUUGGCUGCAUCCCCCUCCUCACCAUUUAAAGUAGGAAAUGGGGCAUGUGGGGUGGGGUUAUCCUUCAAGUGAUAGUCCUGGGAAGAAGCAGCGCCUCACCUGGGGUCUAAUGUGAAAUCACGGGAGGUACAGUUUUCCAGGUGCUUAAGUUAUCAUCAUGUGGCCCUCUGGCCAGACAGGCCACGGUCACUGAAACGCACAACAUGAAGCCGUCAUCAAGGGCCCUUCGUGGCUUGCCAUCUCAUGGUGCAGCAUCUUCAGUAACUGAUGCCCAGGAAGAGCUCCAUGAAAACCCAGUGCCCACACUCCAACUUGCCCAAGUGGGCCCCCAGUCCUUCCUAAUUUGGCUCCAUGUCCAGCAGUUUUAUGUCUGGCCAUUUUCCAGCCACAGUGGGAUUUUCCAUGGAGCAGCUGCAGUGUGGCCCAACCCUGUGUAUUGUGUGUGGGUCUGUGGUUGAGAGAAGGUAUAAACUCUGUGUUCAGGGCAAAUGACCCUAAUAUCUGUGCAGUAUAUUUAAUGGCGGCAGCUUGUCUGUUGUGAAAAAUCAUGUUCCUCCUAUGAUAGAGUAGAGCACAUAGGAUUAUCCUUGCAUAGGUGCAUGAGGGGAAACUGAUAGGUUUUACUCAUGUUUUAGUUUGGGGUUUGAAUGUGGUUUUUCAUCUUGAUCUGGACAAAACAAAAGGGACACUUGAAAACGAGACUGAAGAAGAUGAACUUUUUUUCUCUCAUUUUGGAAAGAGAACGGAUUUUUAAAAAGUGAACCACUUCUUUAGGUUUUCAGAAAGAAAAAAAAAAUGAAUAGAAGACACAAACAGCAAAGCUAUGUCUAAAACGGAGAACUGCCAAACAUUCAAAGAGAUGCACUUAUGCAGGCGUGAAAUACGACACACUUCCUGAGACUUGGUAUGUGCAUGGAGGCCAAGCUGGGCUUUGGCCUGUACUAUCCCAAGAAUUGGUGUGUGAUCUAAUCCAGUAUCAAGGGCAGACAUUGCAAGUUGAGAGAUUGACAUUUGCCCUCGAGUGGGCAGCGUCGUGCAAGAAAUGCACGGAAGGUUUUAAUCACAGGUGCAGCAGGUCUGGAACCUUGUGCUCCCUGCUCAGCCAUCGGGCACUUUUCUGAGUGCUCCCAAGAAGUCAGCCAGGGCUCCUAGGUCCUUCCAGCACGUAUUCUUUAAGGACGGACUCAUAGCUCUUGUUUUUAUUCAGCUUCUUCAGUUUUCCUUUUAUCGCCACUUCUGCAGCAGAGCUGUAUGUGACCUUCACUCUCCAGGCCUUAGGUCCUGGUUUUGUCCUUUUCAUGACGUGUAAAUCAAUGACUCUGUGAUAGCUCUAACCCUCCAAAGCUUGGAUACUUCCAACCAGCAACUGGCUGACUGAAAUCAGUGCCCUCAGCUUGCCAGUGGGUCUGCUGUGCUUCCAACUGGUCUAUAAUUCCAAGGCUUUGUCUUUCUUUCUUUCUUUUUUUCUUUUAAAUGUCCUUGGCAGACCAUUAACGCAGACCAUUUGGUCUUACGCAAGAACAGAAACAAAAACAAAACCACCACCCUUCUUUCACCUCUAAGUUCAGUAUUUAUUUCUCUGUGUUUCCAUCACUCUGCCAAUGGCCUCACAAUGAGAUUUUAGCCUUCCUUCCACUCCUAGUUGGGACCUUUGACAUAAUAAAGUGAGUUUAUGAACAAGAGAGCAGCCUGCACACUGCUGACACUUUCUUAAAGGACUUUUACUAUCGCAGGGAAGUAGAACCUCCAGGUUAUUUCUGGGGGUUGCUGGGAAGUCAAAGGCUUUCUCUAUCCCACUGUCUUUUGUAACAGAGCCAGAACAAGUUGGGGAAAUAAAAUGAGACUUGUAAGUGUGUGUAUGGUGGACUUUUCCUUCAACUUGAUGUCAAAAUUUAUUUAUUUAUUUAUUUUAAGUUCUGUUUGAAGACAAUGGAGGCAAAAGUGACACCUUAUCCUCAGAGCAGUAGGGGGGUCAUUGUCUGGACCUGAUGGAGUUAGAGAAUGAGACUGGAAUAGUCCCAGGGUCACAUAUUUAGAGUUGGAAAGGAGGUUACAGAGGACCACUAAUCCAACUUACUUAUUUUAAAUGGAGGCACCAAAAGAUUAGGUGACUUGCCCAAGGUCAUACAGUAUUCAAACCCAGAGCCUUUGGUUUCAAGGCGGCAUUCUUUCCCAUGCACCAUGAUGAUCAUCCUUGGAGAGUCUUUCAUUGCACUCUUAAAAGCUCCCACUUUUACUCCCUUGUCCAUGUUCCUCACCUUUAGAGGAAAUAACCAUUCCAAAAGAAAAUUGAUGGACCGAGUUUUUGCUGUGAGGAAUAAAAUGUAGAGUUUUUGUUCAUUUUUAAGGCUUGCUAUGAUUGAACACAAGUUGUGGUACUCUGGCAUUUUUAAAAAUCCCUAUCAAUGAGAAAUUGCCUUUGGCUCAUGGGCAUUGUUAUCUUGUGUUGUGUUUACACUGGGUAUGUUACAAAAGACACCAAAAAUUGAUUUUUUUCCAUUUUGUAUCAGAGAUCGGCACCAUUUAUAAUUUUGGUUUGUGUUGGGUUUUUUUUUUUUAAGUUUGCCUUGUAGCUUUUGAAGACAGUAUCCUAAAAUAUAGCACCAUUAACUAUCAUGGCAUUUGUAAAUCUCUAAAUAGCUAAAUCCAGAUACACUGAACAGCUUUGGAUGAAACACACUUAGGUCCAUAUUGUGCCAGAUUCCAGUUUUUCUAUUAAUGACUAAAUUCUAGUCCCUAAAGUGAUGUUUGCUAACCCAUAACUAUGCCAUCUUACCUAGGUCUGUGUGAUACACUCUGGUAGUCAAGAUUUAAAUGUAUAGAAGGACAAGUCAUUGGUUUAGUUCCAGCUCCUGAGUACAGGUGACCCCGUGAGUGACUUUUCAUGUUUUAAAGCCAGCGACACUGCCAUAGUCCGAUGGCUACAUUGAUGUUAUGGUAGCCACUUUAGUCCAGUUUUGGGGGGUUUAAAUCAGUCGAAUCGACAGUGUUGUUGUUUUUUGUUUGUUUGUUGUUGGUUUUUGCCAGGCAGUGAGGGUCAAGUGACUUGCCCAGGGCCACACAGCUAGUAAGUGUCAAGUGUCUGAGGGCAGAUUUGAACUCAGGUCCUCCUGAAUCCAGGGCCAGUGCUUUAUCCACUGCAACACCUAGCUGUCCUGAAUUGACACUGUUAAAGAAGAGGAUGUCUCUAGGAAACCUCAUCCAUUAAGAUUUAAUAGGACCAAGGAGCUCAGUGAAUUAUGAAAUCAGAUCUUACACCACUCCCAAAUUUCUGUGAAUGAAAACUUAGUUGCGCUUCCUACUUCUUGUAGAAGUAAGGAAGAAGACCACGGUGAUUUCAGGCUAAGAUGAGCACCAUACUCUGCAAUCAUGCUUUUCCCCCCACUCCAUUUCAGAAAACAGCACACCCAGCCUUCUCUGAUCAGUGUUAGCCUUGGGGUCUGCAGACCAGCCUUUUGACCCGACAACAGAACCUGACCAGAAAAGGACUAAAUCCACUGUUCACUUGAUUUCCUCCUGCAAUUUGGUUUCCUUUUUAUUCUGCAGAAUGCAUGUCUUUUUGUGUUGAAAAACCAAAGAGAAAAUAAAGAAGCAAAACAAUCCCGUAAUCUCCUUUCCCUUUUGCUGGCUCACCUAAAACAGGUUGCAAGAAAGGUGAGGGGGGCG